CAUGGAGAUUGUUAAGAAAUCUGGUGAAGAAUUUCAUAAAAAUCAAAUAGAACAAUAUAAUUUAUUAAAGAAAGAGACUGUCAUAUUCUCUCAGUUACUUGAUGAAAAAGAUUCUUUGAUCAAUCAGUUACAAUUGUCCAUGAAAUUUAUGAACGACAAUAAGAAAUUCGUCCAAGGUCAAUUGAAUUAUUUCGGUGAAAAGGAUAAAAAUUUAAUCAAUGCAAUAGGAGCAAAUCGAGAGGAAAAUAUUGAACUUUUAGCAACAAUAGCUAAACUAAAAGAAGAAAAUGAUAUAUUAAUAAAAAAUUGUAGGAAAUAUGAAAAUGAGAUUGACAAUUGUAAAGUAGAAUUAGAGAAUAUUCAUAGAACUAGAGAAAAUUCAUUGAAAAACACUAAUGAAACUAUGCAAUUAAAGGAGGAGGCGAAUAGAUUAAAAAUAGAACUAAAUGAGAUUAGAAAUAACAGAAACUAUAACACACUUUUAAAGGAUUAUCAGGCUGAGAUAGCUCGACGAAAGAGAUAUUACAACGAAAUAAUUGAUCUUAAGGGCAGAAUACGAGUUUAUUGCAGAAUUCGACCGCAAUUAGCAAAGGAAAAGAGAGAAUCGGGUACAAUUUGUGUACAGUCAAAUCCUCAUGAUGAUACUCAAAUUAUAGUUAAAAAGGGAGAUUCGUUGUCAAAGUUUGAUUUAGAUAGAGUAUUUAAUCCAAAUUCAUCCCAGGAGGAAAUCUUUAACGAAAUACAACCGCUAAUAAUAUCCUGCGUUGAUGGUCAAAAUGUCUGUAUUAUGGCUUAUGGACAAACAUCAGCUGGAAAGACUUUUACGAUGGACGGACCUACGGAAGAUCCUGGUCUAAGUACGAGAUCCCUAAGUAAAUUAUUAAAAGAAAUUAAAGAGAGACAAUCAGAUUGGACAUACCAAUUAACGGUAUCUGCAUUUGAAAUCUAUAAUGAUAGAGUAAGAGAUUUACUGUCAGACAAGACUGUGUUACUGACCGCAAAGUAUGAUCCGGAAGAUGGCGUCUAUUUACCUGACAUGACAAUCAUAAAAGUGACCACGGUAGAUGAUAUUAAUGAGAUAUUUACUAAAGGAAAAAGUAAACGAGCUGUGGCUUCUACUCUUAUGAACGAAGCUUCGUCAAGGUCGCAUCAAAUACUUACGAUUACAGUUGAAGGAAAGAACAAAUUUUCAAAUUUAACAUCGAAAGGUGUAUUAUAUCUUGUUGAUCUUGCUGGUUCAGAGCGUCUCACUUCCCAAUCGGAGGGUAAAGAGAACGACCGAAUCAGAGAAGCCAUUGCCAUUAACUACUCUUUAACUUGCCUUGGUGAUGUAAUUUAUGCACUAAGAGGGAAAAAUUCUCAUGUUCCCUAUAGAAACUCUAGAUUAACAUUUGUUCUUAAGGAGUGUUUAGGCGGUAACUCAAAAACGGCCUUGAUUGUUAACGUUGCACCAAAUAUUGAGAAUAUCAGCGAAACGAAGGCCAGCUUAAUGUUUGCUCAGAAAGCGCGAGGUAUUACAACAAAUGGGUCAUCAGUCGUUAAAAAAUAA